UCUAACUCGCUGUUCACCAGCAGCGUCUGUUAUUGAUCUGAGAACCAUUGAUCAGUGAGAAUGAGCGGCAGAGGAAAAGGAGGGAAAGGACUCGGUAAAGGAGGCGCAAAGCGGCACCGGAAAGUUCUCCGUGAUAACAUCCAGGGGAUCACCAAGCCCGCUAUCCGCCGUCUGGCUCGCCGUGGUGGAGUGAAGCGGAUCUCCGGCCUGAUCUACGAGGAGACCCGUGGAGUGUUGAAGGUCUUCCUGGAGAACGUGAUCCGUGAUGCCGUCACCUACACCGAGCACGCCAAGAGAAAGACGGUGACCGCCAUGGAUGUGGUUUAUGCUCUCAAGAGGCAGGGACGCACUCUGUACGGCUUCGGAGCUGGUUGUGCAGCAGCAGCAGUCUACUUGGAGCUGGUGUACUUGGUGACGGCCUUGGUGCCCUCAGACACGGCGUGCUUGGCCAGCUCCCCGGGCAGCAGCAGGCGGACGGCGGUCUGGAUCUCCCUGGACGUGAUGGUGGAGCACCUCCUCUUCUUGCCCCCCUUGGUGACGGCCUUAGAAACGGCUUUCUUGGAGCCCUUCUUGGGCGCUUUCACGGUGGUCUCAGGCAUGAUUCAACUGGAUCAGUCUGGAUCAGAAAAGAUCUCAGAAUGCAGGAGCCGGUCUCCAGCUUUACUUCUUGGCGGCCUUCUCGGUCUUCUUGGGCAGCAGAACAGCCUGGAUGUUGGGCAGCACGCCGCCCUGAGCGAUGGUGACUCCACCCAGCAGCUUGUUGAGCUCCUCGUCGUUGCGGACAGCCAGCUGCAGGUGACGGGGGAUGAUCCGGGUCUUCUUGUUGUCGCGGGCAGCGUUUCCAGCCAGCUCCAGGAUCUCAGCGGUCAGGUACUCCAGCACAGCCGCCAGGUAGACCGGAGCUCCGGCACCGACACGCUGAGCGUAGUUUCCCUUUCUCAGCAGCCUGUGGACACGACCGACCGGGAACUGGAGCCCGGCCCGAGAGGAGCGGGUCUUGGCCUUAGCUCUGGCUUUGCCUCCGAGAGAGAAGAAGUCAUGGCCAGAACCAAGCAGACCGCCCGUAAAUCCACCGGAGGCAAAGCCCCCAGGAAGCAGCUGGCCACCAAGGCUGCCCGGAAGAGCGCCCCGGCCACCGGCGGCGUGAAGAAGCCUCACCGUUACCGGCCCGGUACCGUGGCUCUGAGAGAGAUCCGUCGCUACCAGAAAUCCACCGAGCUGCUGAUCCGCAAGCUGCCCUUCCAGCGCCUGGUCCGAGAGAUCGCUCAGGACUUCAAGACCGACCUGCGCUUCCAGAGCUCCGCUGUCAUGGCUCUGCAGGAGUCCAGCGAGGCUUACCUGGUCGGCCUCUUUGAGGACACCAACCUGUGCGCCAUCCACGCCAAGAGGGUCACCAUCAUGCCCAAAGACAUCCAGCUGGCCCGCAGGAUCCGUGGAGAGAGAGCUUAGACUGUCUGCUGCUCCAAAACUACCACAAAGGCUCUUUUAA